CUUUCCUUUUUGAUCCUUUCGACUCUAGUUAACUUCUUCCACAAAAUGUGGUGGGUUCCAACUCGUGUCAAACGCAUAAUGACUCGUCAAGGUAUAAAAGGACCUCCUUAUCAUUUCAUUCAUGGCAACACGAAGGAAAUUGCAGCCAUGAAAGAACAAGCAAACAUUACUCGCUUCACUGAAAUAUCGCAUGAUAUAUAUCCAAGAAUACAACCUCACUUCUUUACAUGGUUCCAGUUAUACGGGAAAAACUUUCUGGAUUGGUAUGGUCUCAAGCUGAAUUGGUCAUCACAGAACCGGAUAUUAUCAGAGAAAUUGCGAACAAUCAUAGAGCCACAUUCGCGAGACCAGACCUUGGAUCAUAUAAUAAGAAAAUACUUGGCGAUGGCCUUGUAACAUCCAGUGGCAAAAAAUGGGCAAGCCAACGAAAAUUGGCUAACCAUGUUUUCAAUGAACAUGAUCCCAGCGAUGGUUGCAAGUGUGGAAUUGAUGUUAAAUAGGUGGAAAAAGAUGGACAGUAACGAGGUUGAAAUGAAUGCGGAGUUCAGGAUGUUGGCAGCCGAAGUGAUUUCAAGAACAGCGUUCGGAAGCAACUACUUACAGGGAAAGGAAGUUUUUGAAAUGCUCAAGGAGAUGGGCACAAUCGCCGGCAGAAACUACUACAAUCCUCGCCACCUCGGCCUCCUAGGCAAAAUAGUAAAAAGCAACGAUGAUCUCAAGUCUGAUGAGCUUCAAAAAAGAAUUCAUAAUGUAAUCAUCAAGACUGUUAAGGAACGAGAGAAGACAAUGGGACAUGAAGAUGCAGACAACACCGAUUUUCUUGGACAACUUCUGUUGUCCAAGAACAACAUUAUUAAUAGUCAAGGUUACCAACUUUCGACACAAGACAUCAUAGACGAAUGUAAAACAUUUUAUGUCUCUGGGGAUGGAACAACAUCUCUUUUGCUCUCAUGGGCUGUUCUCCUUCUGUCCAUCUACACAGAAUGGCAAGAACGAGCACGAGAAGAGGUGUUCCAGAUAUUUGGCAAAGAAACCCAACCGCACUUUGAAGGCUUAGCGAAACUUAAAAUUAUUGGCAUGAUCAUCCACGAGACACUUCGACUGUAUCCACCUGGAAUCGCGAUAAUAAGAAAGAACGAACGAGAGGUUAAAUUGGGGAAUCUUAUUGUUCCUGCUAAUAUUAUUCUACAUGUCCCGGUUUUAGCACUUCAUCAUGAUUAUGACAUAUGGGGAGGAGACGCGCAUCUUUUUAAGCCAGAAAGAUUUUCACAAGGGGUUAGUAACGCUACGAAGAACAACCCAUCAGCAUACAUGCCUUUCGGCUUUGGGCCUCGGAAUUGUGUAGGUUCAAACUUUGCGACGAAUACAGCCAAGGUUACUCUUGCCAUGAUGUUGCAGCAUUAUCGCUUUAGUCCUUCCCCGAAUUAUGUGCACUUGCCUGUUCAUAUUACAAUGCUUGUCCCAAAGAAUGGUGUUCAAGUGAUGCUUCAUGCUCUCAAAUGAAGAUUUUUGUUGUGUUCAUCACAUGUUUUUAAAGUUUGUAGAAUAAUUGGCGUCACAGACGUAAGUUAAUCAGCUUUACAGGAA